AUGAUAAAAGGAAUAGCUGAUAGUAUUCAACGGAACGAAGAAAAGCUUGAGAUGUUGAUCUCAUCGAGUAGUUCAAGUAAUGGAGUUGCUGCAGCUGUUAAAACUGGCUCCGUAAAAGCUGAGUCAGAAAGCAGUUCGUCUGAUGACGAAUCAUCUCCUGAUGACGAAUCAUCUUCUGAUGAUGAGCCUGCCAAGAAAAAGACUAAAGAAGAUACCAAGACUCCUAAAGAGGAGAGCACUAGUGACGAUUCUAGCGAGGAAUCUGAUGAAAAAGAGAUUCAUACUCGUUUUGGCCCUGGUCGUGGUCUUUUUGUCGGUGGUCGUUUACGCGGUGGUCGUUGUGGCGGUCGAGGCCGUUGUGGUGGCUGUUGA